AUGCGACCGCAUGCAGUGAUGAACGAGCGGACGCAGAAAGAGUGGGAGCGGGCCCUCAUGCGGCUGGCCGAGGAGAAGACUACCCACUCCGAACCCAGCACGAUCCUGAACGCGGUCAAGACUUGGGACCCAUCUCGUGCCUUGAACGCAUUGCGGUGGUUGAGCAAAGCAGGAUCCUUGCAGUUCAACCUGACCAACAUCGUGCUCCCUACGCCCAAGUCCAAUCGGCAACGCAAGAAGCAACAGGCUAUCGUGGUUGAGCCUCCCAUGCUGCCUUUCCUGGAACAGGCCAUCGCUCAAUGCUGGGAGCAGUCGAAUCCAAAGUGGUCCGCCCUAUUGUCGUCAUGGCUUAUAGCUGUCGGAGUGAUGAGGCACCAGCAUUUGCUAAGGUCUGAGCCUGUGCGGUUGUCCCGGAGCACAUUGCACCUCUGGUGCGAGAAGGGCAAACAGUCCUCCAAGCGGGGCGGCUUUCCAUGGACGGUCCCAGCACACUUCGCCAACGGCUUUGGUUGGGCUGCAGCUAUGUUGCAGGCGAAGCGGGCGGUACCCGCUGGCAAGCGUGAGUCUUGCGGCAUCAUUUUCAGCCCUUGGUGUCGGGUGGGCACUUCCUGA